GUCCAAGAUGGCGCUGCCCGGCGAGGCGGAGGAGGAAGCAGUAGUUUACUUAAUAGUGAGCGGUAUUCCCUCCAGGUUGAGGUCGGCCCAGCUACGAAGCUACUUUAGCCAGUUUCGGGAGCAGCGCGACUGUGGUUUCCUCUGUUUCCACUACCGGCAUCGGCCUGAGCGCGCCCCGCCGCAGGCUGCUUCCGACCCUUCCCUUGCCGCGGUCGACCAGGUUCUCACCCCGCCUUCGGUCACAGAUGCCCGCGCUCUGUCCACUGGGGACUCUGCCCGCUCCCAGACCCGCACCUGUUGCUGCGUCAUCUCGAUACGGGGGGUGGCUCAAGCCCAGAGGUUUCUUCGCAUGUAUUCGGGCCGCCAGUGGCUGGAUCCUCAGGGGACUUGGUUGCCGGGUCGCUGUUUCAUCCGCAGACUUAGGCUUCCGACUGACGCAUCAGGUUUGGGCUCCUUUCCCUUCCAGACGCGGAAGGAGCUGCAGAGUCGGAAGGCCAGGAGCGAAUCCUUCACUCUGGCCGACCUGAGACAGCUGCCAGAAUUGAACCCCCCGGUGCUCAUGCCCAACGGAAAUGUGGGCACUCCACUUCGGAUCUUUUUGGAGUUGAUCCGGUCCUGCCGCCUACCUCCUCGGAUCAUCACCCAGCUGCAGCUUCAGUUCCCAAAGACAGGUUCUUCCCGGCGCUAUGGCAACGUACCAUUCAGGUACGAGGACUCUGAAAUGGUAGAACAGGAAGAACAUGUGUAUACGGCCGAGGGGGCUGAAAUACCUCAGGGAACCUGCCUGGAAGGCACACCAGCCAGCUCCUGUGGAGAGCCCGAGGAGGAAGGGGAGAAGGAAGAGGAAGAAGAGUCGCACUCAGAUGACGACGAUGACCGGGGUGAGGAGUGGGAGCGGCAUGAAGCGCUGCAUGAGGAUGUUACCAGGCAGGAGCGCACCACCGAGCGGCUCUUUGAGGAGGAGAUCGAGCUCAAGUGGGAGAAGGGUGGCUCCGGCCUGGUUUUCUACACGGAUGCCCAGUUCUGGCAGGAGGAAGAAGGAGACUUCGAUGAGCAGACGGCCGAUGACUGGGAUGUGGACAUGAGUGUAUACUAUGACCAAGAUGGGGGAGACAAGGAUGCCCGGGACUCUGUCCGCAUGCGCCUGGAGCGGAGACUCCGGGACGGCCAGGAGGAUGGCUCCUUGGUGAAGCGCCAGGUGGGAACCUUUGAGCGCCACACAAAGGGCAUCGGACGGAGAGUGAUGGAGCGCCAGGGCUGGGAAGAAGGCCAAGGCUUGGGCAGCCAGUGCUCAGGGGUGCCCGAGGCCCUGGAUAGUGAUGGCCAGCACCCCAGAUGCAAACGUGGAUUGGGGUAUCAUGGAGAGAAACUGCAGCCAUUUGGGCAACUGAAGAAGUCCCGUGGAACAGGGUUGGGGCUCAUCUCCACCAUCUAUGAUGAACCCUUGCCCCAGGACCAAGGGGAGUCGCUGCUCCGUCGCCAGCCACCCACUAGCAUGAAGUUUCGGCCAGACAUGGCUUUUGUGAGGGCUUCCAACCAUGCCUGGGAAAGCCCUUCAGAGCCGGAAUGACAUCUUUGGGGGUCCUUAGUAUGGAUCAAACUGGACAGUGCUGUGUGACUUUAUCCUCCACUGAAGUGUGAAAAGACUGGAAGCAGCUUGUUCUGGGUGCUUCUUUCUGAAUUUGCCUUCUAGCUUUCUACCUCCAGGUCAUUUUGUUUC